AUGUACCAUAAUCAAUGUUUACAUGUUGAAAAGAAACGGUAAGCUAUUGAGGGGGGAACUAUCUUGCUCUGUGGUGAGCGAGCAUCCCAGCUGUUUCACGUUGCUAAAAUUCUGCGCAAGCUGAUUUUCACACAAAGCGGUGAUGCAAACAAGCUUGCUGAAAAAUACGGGGAUCCUCAUGGGGCUGUAUUUGUAAAAAAAAAACAAAAAAAAACGCCCGACUUUCUGCAUUCACGAUGAGGGGGGUUUUCGGUGCUGCUAUCGCAGUUGUGAAAGCUAACGGAUAUUUUGACGGAUGGUGGCUCCGAGGAGAAGCUGCGAGGCUGGGGGAGAAUGGGCAUCAGCUGAAUCGAUAGAGGGGAGUUAGCAAGUUAGCAUUUGUUGCCCAGCUUAGUGACAUUUUCCUGAAAACACUCCCUGCUCUGACUCGGUCAUCAUGGCCACGAUCGGUAACAACUCGUCCCCGGGGAUGGGAGAGAUCAUCCAGUUGAAUGUCGGUGGGACAAGGUUCAGCACAUCCAGACAGACUCUGACAUGGAUUCCAGACUCUUUCUUCUCAAGUUUACUGAGUGGGAGGAUAUCCACUCUGCGGGAUGAAACUGGAGCUAUAUUUAUUGACAGAGACCCUACGGCCUUUGCACCAAUUCUCAACUUUCUCCGAACCAAAGAACUGGACCUACGAGGCGUCAAUAUCAGCGUACUGAGACACGAAGCAGAGUUCUAUGGAAUCACUCCUUUAGUGCGGCGACUGCUGCUGUGCGAAGAACUGGAUCGAUCGUCAUGUGGUAGCGUUCUCUUCCAUGGUUACCUGCCUCCUCCAGCUGUUCCUCCUCGUAAGCCAGCUUCUGAUGAGCGACCAGGCCCGAGUGGAGCGGAGGGCUUCACUCGCGUUGUUCCCCUUCCUCAUCCUUCUUUAUCUGGAACAGAUGACAUCGAGAAACUGGACUCCAUGGUGGACCCCAGGAAAGUGGUUAUUAUAGCAGGACACCACAAUUGGAUUGUCGCAGCUUAUGCACACUUUGUCAUCUGCUACAGGAUAAAGGAGUCUUCAGGAUGGCAGCAGGUGUUUUCCUCUCCCUACCUUGACUGGACGAUUGAGCGUGUAGCACUUAAUGCUAAAGUGGUGGGCGGUCCACAUGGAGACAAGGACAAGAUGGUGGCUGCCGCCUCUGGAAGCAGGAUUAUCCUCUGGAGCAUCCAAGAUGGAGGCAGUGGAAAUGAAAUAGGUAUAUUCAGUCUUGGUGUUCCUGUUGACGACCUUUUCUUUAUUGGGAGCCAGCUCGUGGCAACAAGCCACACAGGAAAGGUUGGGGUGUGGAACGCCGUAACACAACACUGGCAGGUUCAAGAUGUAGUUCCCAUCACCAGCUGUGACACAGCAGGGUCCUUCCUUCUACUGGGCUGCACCAAUGGCUCAAUCUAUUAUAUAGACAUGCAAAAGUUUCCUCUGAGGAUGAAGGACAAUGAUCUCUUGGUAACCGAGCUUUAUCACGACCCUUCAAACGAUGCCAUUACUGCACUGUCCGUGUACCUCACGCCUAAAACCAGUGUGAGUGGGAACUGGAUAGAGAUAGCCUACGGGACGAGCAGUGGUGCAGUGAGAGUGAUUGUGCAGCACCCAGAGACAGUGGGAUCAGGGCCUCAGCUCUUUCAGACAUUCACUGUGCACAGAAGCCCAGUGACAAAGAUCAUGUUAUCUGAGAAACAUCUGGUAUCAGUGUGUGCGGACAACAACCAUGUUCGAACGUGGACGGUGACACGGUUCAGAGGGAUGAUCUCCACACAGCCAGGCUCCACCCCUUUGGCCUCCUUUAAGAUCCUUUCCCUGGAAGAGACGGAGAGCCAUGGAAGCUACUGCUCUGGCAAUGAUAUAGGCCCGUUUGGAGAGAGAGAUGAUCAACAGGUUUUCAUCCAGAAAGUCAUCCCCAUCACCAACAAACUCUUUGUAAGGCUCUCUUCAACUGGAAAACGGAUCUGUGAGGUGCAGUCAGUGGAUGGGACCACUAUCACUUGCUUCAUGGUUCGAGAGUGCGAAGGUUCCAGCCGGAUGGGUUCCCGACCACGGCGCUUUUUGUUCACCGGUCAUGGAAAUGGGAGUAUUCAAAUGUGGGACCUUACCACUGCAAUGGACACAGCCAACAAAGGAGAAGAGAGGAAAAAAGAUGCAGAUGUAGGUGGCCCAACAGAGGAGGAGCUGCUACAGCUGCUGGACCAGUGCGACCUAAGUACCUCUCGCUGUGCAACUCCAAAUAUAAGCCCCGCCCCCUCAGUGAUGCACCACACGCGCCUCAGAGAGUCCAUGUCAAGUCUGCAGCUACAGGCCCAGGAACCGAUUCCUGAAAGCCAGGCAACCUAUGGAGCUGUACGGCCCUACAGAGAGAGCCCCCUGCUGGCACGCGCUCGUCGAACCGAAUCCUUUAACAGCUACAGAGAUUUCCAAAACUUUAGCCUGAGUCAGACUUCCAACGCUGGACCCAGCCAGACCGCCGAUGCCAGGCGUUCCCUGUCCAACUUUGGAUCCGAGGACAGUGAAAGGAGCACCUCUGUUCUGGAGCUCUGGGCUCCUCGAAACCCUGGGAACAUCCCCCUGACUAAAACAGAAUCGAGUCAAGAAUCAGCACAGCAGCCCCCAGACAGCCCAGUCCCAGGGGUGGACAUGAGGCAAAAGGUGCACCCUCAGCCAGAGGAAGGAGAUGGUGUUGGAUCAGGGGGAGAAGGAGUGAAGGUCGAUGGUGCUGUGAGGAAAAGGGGAGUACUGGAGGGGGGCUUUCUAGGGCGGAAAAGGGCACCUCCAAUUCCAUAUCUCUCAUCAGGAUCUGAAGGAGGUGGCAGUGACUCAUCAGCAAACGCCUCGCCUUCGCCCACCAAACUAUCGUCAUCCACCUCUCCGAGACAGAGGAAGCCGUCGGCUGAUCCCUCCAGCCAUGACAGCAUCCUGUAAAAGAAGCAGCUUUUUUUUUUUUUUUUACAGAUUACAGGUUCAGCUUUAGGUGAGUGUAGGAGGUCAAUGCCUAACAUCAACGCUAAAGAAGAACACACAAUCAGAUGUAAGAAAAUCACUUUUUUAUUUACAGAUGUGGCUCAUUAAGAAGCUACAAUUUUCCAGCACAAACAGCAUAACAUCUGAGGAAGAAUGCAUUUCAGUAGUGUUCUAUACCUAGAUCUGCGGUAUAACUGGAGUUUUUUUCUGCCUCAGGCUCCUUUUUGUGUUUUAAGUCAGUUGAUAAUUUCUACAAUGUUAGAUUUCAGUUCUAUUCUCUCUUCUUGUAAGAGCGUUGAUCUCAAAAAAUAGUUUUAGGCGCAAACUAAAGCGCACAGUCACAGAUACAGUAGGCCUAGUACAGGAAGAGGGAAGCAAGACUACACAGUGUUAGAAACAGAGAGUUAGAAUGAAACAUAGUUUGGGAUGUAGAUGGCUAGGAAAUAAAAUUUAAAAAGGCAUUAGAUUCAAUAUAGUAAAAAUACCUGAAAAGAAACUAAAAAUGUCCUUUCAAAAUCCUGAUCUAUAGUAAAUUAAAUGUAUAGAAAUGUUUUUUUUAAUCCAAAAAGCUUGCGCUAGUUUGCCCUGUCUCACAAUAAUUACAAUAAUAAGGCUUCUAAAGCUAUGGAGCAGUGGAUGUUCAUGCGACUUACCCUCAGAAUGUCGGCAGCUACUUGAAUCCCAGAAUAUUUUACAUUCAGCAACAGCUGAGGGGCAGCAGUUAGAUUGUGCAGGUCGGGUUUGCAAUACAAGCUUAGCUGCUCGUUGUGUCAUGCAGCAGCGAAGCAAUGAAACAGAAAAGAAACUUAGACUCAGAUGAAGGUUUUGACAAAUGAUCAUGAUUUUAUAUGUGGAAUAUACUUGGAACUAGAACUUUUUGGUCAUUCAUGUAACUUGACUUUAUGUAAACAUUAGGACAAAUGAAAAGUGCAUUUUAAUGCAGAAAUUCCAGUUUAGUGACACAGUGGCUUGCAAAAGUAUUCUUCAGGUUUUUCCACAUAUACUUCAAUGUAGUUGAUUUACAUAUUUUGUGUGAAAUAGCCACACAAUGAAAACCCAUUUUCCUCUGAUACCAUUACUUUAAAGUUAUUUGGACUUUUAGAAUUCAAAUAAUUAUCACAUAGAGUCCAGCUACACAUAUUUCCUCUCAGUAUAAAUGCAACUGUUAGCACACAGCAUAAUAAGGAACAAGGACCUCACCAGACAGCUCAGCGAUACAGCAGGAGUUAAUUUAACAACAGGAUUAGGAAUUAGGUUAUAAACCAAUAAUUCAAGUUUUGGACAUCUCAGACAACUUUUCAUCCUAUAUCUGAAAAUGUAUUGCAAAACCAUAACGCCACCAAGACAUUGGAGGCCAGGAUAGUAGAAUAUAGCCCCAUUUGCACUACCCUUUUGAAACCGUGCCGAGAUCGGCCCGAGCACGAUAACCGAGAUAACUGUUGAGUGUAAAUGGCACGCAAAACUGAGCCGGACCGUGCCAGACACAACCGAACCGCACUAAACUGGUAC